AUCGGCAACACUGUACUGUCAUUUUCACAUCAAAUUCAAGUCAAAGUCAAAUGUCAAAUCUAAAAAUAUAUGUCAGAUUGGCUGUUGUCAUUUGAAUAUUUUGAAAAUGUUAAAAUUUGUUAAAUUGUAAAUAAAGUGGAUUUUAUGAUUAUUUAUCAUGGCCAAUCAUUAUGAAGUUCCCAGCUGGGCUGGUAAACCCCCAGUUGGUCUUCAUUUAGAUGUGUUAAAGGGCGACAAGCUAAUUCAAAAGCUAAUGAUCGACGAGAAAAAGUGUUAUUUAUUUGGGAGGAAUGCUCAGAUGAACGACUUUUGUAUUGAUCAUGCCUCUUGUUCCAGGGUUCAUUCAUCUUUCGUCUGGCACAAACACCUAGAGCGAGCAUUUCUAGUCGACCUUGGAAGUACACACGGCACUUUCAUUGGAAAUCUACGCCUUGAAGCAUACAAACCCACCCAACUGCCAAUUGAUUCCAGUUUUCAUUUUGGAGCCUCUACUCGAAAUUACAUAAUUAGGGAAAGACCACAGACGGGAAUAAGGCCCAUCAUAGACGAAAUUGAAAAGGCAAAUGAAGAAUCAGAGGGUGGUUUACUGGGUUUGCCAGAGACGGAAACUGAAUUAGAUAACUUAACAGAAUUUAACACAGCCCACAAUCGACGAAUAUCGAUGUUGGGAAUUUCCGAUGAUCCUGACAAAAGGUUGUCUCGAAAACGAAAGCGGCAGAGCGUGUCCUUCAACGAAGACGAUGAAAUCAUAAAUCCAGAAGAUAUCGAUCCGAGCAUAGGAAGAUUCCGCAAUCUAGUACAAACGACAGUCGUCCCUACGUCAGCCAAGCGACUUAAGAUCGCAGAAGCCGUUGGUAUAUCCACCCCAGAAUUCAGACAACCCAAACAAGUACACCAACACCACACGUCAGCUCCAGAUUUGUACACGGACUUACCUCCCGAAACGCACUCUUCUGGAGCAAGUACUAUGGGAAUAUACAGCGCGUUGAACUCGAGGUUGGGUAUGGUGCUACCGAAUCCGGCUCCCGAGGUCGACAUGGGCCAGUCUUUUACGAACCCCACGCCGUUCGUGCCUCAGCAAGUACAAGUAUCCGACGCGAUGGAACCCAAAAAGAAGAAGUACGCAAAAGAGGCCUGGCCGGGGAAGAAAUCGGUACAAACUUUAUUGGUAUAGUGCUAUCAGAUAUUCUGGUAUUUUUAUUUUUCUAAUUUUAAACAGUGUCAUUUGGAUAUCUUUGUUUUGAGUUUUAAAGGCUAUUCCCGACUCAAAAACUAUUGCAAAUGUAUUGAAAGGACAGUAACGAAACUUAAUGUUCAACAUAGGUUUAUUUGAUCAACAUUAGAAAACAAAAAAUAAUUAUCUGUAGAAGGUUCCUUAUUACAGUAAUUAUGUUGUCUACAUCUAAAAGUUUCCAUUCGUCUUUUUAAGCAAUUCAGAGCCAGGAAGAACUCAUUCUUCAGCAGAAAGAAACCCUAACCUAAGUGGACAUGGAAAAGUCCGAACCAAAGAUCAAAAAAUGAGAUUGAUUUCAUAAUAUCAAAUCGGAAAGAUAUACAUAGUUCACUCAGGAUGUAACAGUAUUGAAUAAAUUUUCAACAAGGAGUGACCAUAUAUUCAUUAGAGCAAAAAUCACUUUUAACAUUGAAUUCGAAAAAACAAAAAUGGCCCCAAAAAAAAAGAAGAGUGGAAGAUGUAUGUUCCCAGAA